AUGCCGGGGAACCCCGUGAUCACCGACGUGUUGAAAGAAACCCGGAAGCAGAACACGGUGGCGGUUAAUCAGACGCUGCAGCUCCUGUUCAACAACGAGUAUCUGGGUCUCAUCGCGUACGCGCAGUGCAUCACCCCCAUGAUAUACAUGGGCUACAUGAUCGUCAUGCAGGAGAUGCCCAACCGCGUGUUCUACCUCAACGGGCAGGAUAUGACCCACCCGGAGGGUCUGGCGCAGCACUUCACUGUCAUCGUGGUGUUUGUGGGGCUCCAAAUGGGAAUUUUGAUCGGGCUUCACGUGUUUGUUGCUACUCGGUUCGGGGUAUCCACGCUCUAUCAA